AUGUUUAUACAUUAUGAAGAUCAAGCAUUCAAUGAUUUAUCAGAGGAUUGGAAAUUAGCUAUAUUGGAUCUAUUUAAUCACAGCUAUGGUAGGUGGAGUAGAGACGUCAAACCUCCACGCGUACCAGGGUCACGUGUUAGAAUGACUCUAAGACAAUUAAAUCAAAGAAGUAAGAAUUCUUUUGUCAUUCUUGCAAAGACUGCUUCAUUGUCACCAAAUAAUAAUUAUAAUAAUAAUAAUAGUAUUAAUAAUAAUAAUAAUAAUAAUAAUAAUAAUAAUAUUAAGAAUGAAUUAGUUGGAUAUGCAUUAUAUACAAAAUUUAUGGUACCUCAAAUGGGAGAGGCAAGAUGGAUAGUACAAUUUGUAGUUUCUGGUGAAUACAGACACCAUCAUAUAGGUAGAGAAUUAAUAUCACAUGCUUUGGGAACAGGAUGGACUGUAUCAGGUCUAGUCAGCAGUAACCCCUAUGCAAUUAGGUGUCUCGAAAAGGCAUCGUCGUCGCAAUGUAGUUCUGUAGAGACUUGUAAAUAUGUAGAUACCGUCAUUCAAUGUUGUAAUAUAUCCUAUAUACGGCGAUCACCACUACACUGUACGCAAUCCCAAUCAUUGAUAGAUACUCGAUUCCGACUUGACCAUACCGACAGUUUAAAAUACCUAGAGGAUGAAAAAGAAAAGGGUCAUUGGAAAUUGGGUGAUCAUCUACCUGAAGGAAUGGAAUUUGUUGGUUUAGUAUUUAAUCAUCAAUUAUUAAAUAAUAAUAAUAAUAAUAACAAACAAUUUGACAAUGACGAUGAUGAUGACGAUGAUGAUGAUGAGGGAAUAUAA